AUGGCCACGCCUUUGGGGCCAUCUGUGCACGAGGAUCAGGAUGCUCGCGUGGAGCCUCGCUUUCAAGUAAAGAAGUGGAAUUGCGUGUGUCUAUGGAGCUGGGAUAUACAGGUCGAUAACUGUGCCAUUUGCCGGAAUCAGAUCAUGGAUCUGUGCAUUGAGUGCCAAGCGAAUCAGGGGUCUUCGACGAUCGAUGAGUGUACCGUGGCAUGGGGUGCCUGUAACCACGCUUUCCACUUUCACUGUAUAUCGCGCUGGCUCAAGACACGUCCCGUUUGCCCGUUGGACAAUCGCGAAUGGGUGCUGCAAAAAUAUGGCCGCUAA